UUUAUUUAUUUUUUUUCCAUUUUGAAGUUCUUUUUUGUUGCAGCAAAAAGAAAUCAGGGUGGGAUUGUUUAGCUAAUAAUGGGCAGUUCGGAUAGUUCUUCUAUAAAUUACGAUGCUUUUACUCCAGAGGAUUUAAUUUUAUUAUCCAACAGAAAGUUAGUAGAAAUAACGAAAAAUUUUUAUACGGACUUGAAGAGAUUGAUGGUUGAAAACGACAUUUUCGAACAUUUCUUAACCGAUCAUAACGUUUAUAAUCCCGAAUCAUUUACCCGUUUAACAUUAAAUCCACAAAAUGAAGUUGCCGAUACAAAGUCUAUAAAAUCAAUGCGAUUAUCGCAUAAACAGAUACUGUUAUCAGACGAUACCUUGAUUAAUAAUAAAUCGGAAGAAUGUUUGCAUUUAGGAAUGAGGAUUAAUUUUGAUGAAAAGUUGGAAUUGGCAUCUGCGGAGAUGCAAAAUACAAGAAAAGAAAUGAAAAGGUUUAUGUUCAACAUGAAAAAACAAAUAGGUGAUGAAAGCGUACAUUUGGAAGGUGAUAAGCUGGAUUAUGAUGAUAUAGAAAAAACGAGAAACCAAUUUGAAUGUUUUAUAACAGCUGCGAUUCAACUUGAAAUUAAUCAAAAACUGCCAGCUGAAAAAUUCGUAAAGUUUAUGCGUGAUUGGCAUAAAAGUGGUCACGAUCUUUUAGAAAAAUUACGAAUAAAAGUAAACAAUCAAAAAAUUCAACUCAGAAAAUUAAGAGAACAACGCGAUAUUAAAGAACCGCUUCAUUCCAUGGUCAACGAAGUCGAUAUUUUUGUGUUAAAUUUACGUUUAGAUGGCAUCAAAAAUGAUUUGAAACUAAAAAAUAGUCUCUUUUUGCAAUCGAAAACCAUGUUGAAUAAAGCCAGCCACGAUAUAAUACAAAUGAAAAAAACUAUUGGUGAUCAACAGCAAGAAUGUGUAAAUUUAAGUGAAGAAACAGCAGCAACACAAUUGUGUUUCGAAAAUUACAUGGAUGCAGAAAAAAAAUUGUGUUUGGAAAUCGCAAACAUGCGGAAACAACAACAAUUAAUUAAAGAUAGAGUUAAACAUUAUCAAUGUCCGUCGAUUAAUGAUUAUUUAAUGUCAAAACAUGAAUUACGCCGUUUAAAACACCAAUUAAAACAGUUAAAAGAAAAAUUUAAAACACAAAAGGAAGCACUAAAAUCCUAUAAAAUUAUAAUGAAACAGUUAGAGCGUAGAAAAUGUGAUGCAAUGCUAGAAUGGAAUUGGAUGAAUUUAUCGAGCAGUAAUAUUAGUGUUUGUUCUACAAAGAUGAUUCUUCCAGUACAUAAAUAAAAAAGUUCAAUAUUUUUGUUUCAA